AUCGGUUGCUGGCACUGCUGGCUGAGUGCUGAUGGCUGAGUCGGCCCGUUCAAAGUUAGUGAGGAACAGGUUAAGCCUAGUCAGUACCUAGGUAGUCAGUCAUCGACAAGGCUGGAGCACUCGUGCCCCUCCUGCGCCCCCGUGGGCCACUAUUUGGAUUUUCUCCGAUCUUUUAAAAGACCCAGACACCCCGGUCAUCUUCCAGCUGCGUGAGCAUCAACCACCGUCAACCGUCACCACCAUGAAGUCCACCACCCUGCUUUCGCUGGCCUCGUUCACCCAGUCGGCCUAUUCGCUUUCUCUCCACCCUCGCGAUGAACCUGCCACUCUCGCCCUCAACUUCGAGCGUCGUCAGAUCGCCAACCGUCCCCAACGGAAGCGAUCGACGGCCUCGGCCGAGCUGGUCAACCUGGCCGCCAAUCUUGGCUACACCAUGAACCUCACCCUUGGCACCCCUGGACAAGCAGUCAGCGUGACACUGGACACCGGCAGCAGCGACCUCUGGGUUAACGCGGGCAACUCGAGCGCCUGCCCCUGCGACUAUGGCUCCUACAACUCCAGCGACUCCUCCACAUACGAGUUCGUGAACGAAGACUUUUACAUCCAAUACGUCGACAACAGCGAAGCCGCGGGCGAUUACGUCAAGGACACUCUUCAGUUCUCUAACGUGACCUUGACGAGUUUCGAAUUCGCUGUCGCAUACGAUGGCGACAACGAUGAGGGCGUUUUCGGUAUCGGAUAUGCCGCCGACGAAGCCAGCCUCGAAGGCACCUACACCAACUUCCCCCAAGCCCUGGUCGAUCAAGGCGUCAUCAACUCGGCCGCCUACAGUCUCUGGCUAGACGACCUAGAAAAAGGCCAAGGCACCAUCCUAUUCGGCGGUGUCAACACCGCCAAAUACUACGGCAGCCUACAAACCCUCCCCAUCAUCCCCGAGGAGACCGACUACGGCACCGAAGUGUACGCCGAAUUCGCCGUCAACCUGACCGCAGUGCACCUGGAGCAGAGCGGCAAAGCCGUCUCCGUCAACAACAGCGCCGAAUUCCCCACAUCCGCCGUGCUGGACAGCGGCACCGCCCUCGCCUACAUCCCCAGCUCAGCCGCCGCGAGCAUCUUCGAUGCCGUGGGAGCCGAAUACUCCGAUGUCUACGGCUACGCCGUGGUCAACUGCAGCCUGAAGAACGAAGACAUCACCUUCUACUUCGAAUUCGCCCAAUCCUUCAACAUGACCGUCGACAUCAGCGAGAUGGUCAUUGACGACGACGACGGCAGUGGCUACUGUACCUUUGGUCUGUCCGCCAGCGACGACGACACCCUUCUCGGCGAUACCUUCCUCCGCAGCACCUACGUCGUCUACGAUCUCGCCAACAACGAGGUCUCCAUCGCCCAGGCCAACUUCAACCCGGGCACAGACCACGUCCUGGAGAUCGGCACGGGAGCGAACGCCGUCCCCAACGCGACGGGCGCUACGGAGUCCAGCUCCUCGGGGUCCAAGACGUCCGGUGCUUCCUCUACGGGCACUGGGGACUCGAAGAAGGAGAGUCUGGCGACGGUGUCGCGUAGCCAGAUCACUUCGCUGGUUGCGGGUCUCCUCGUGACUGGGUUCUUCCUGACCUUGUAAAUAGUUUGAUGUGAUUUGUUUCGUGGAGAUAUUAUUGCAUUGAUACCUUUUUCCCCCGCCUAGACUGAUGGCUGGUUAUGUGAUGCAUGGCAUGGAGCGUAUGUAGCAUAUGUUUGAUGACUUAUAGAAAUAAUCUUAUAUCAUAU